CGCGUAAACGAUUUGGGACAGACCAGUCCCAAGAAAGUGUCCUGGGCCGCUGUGAAUUAAUUUCAGGCUAUCAACAUUUGAAGAGUGCCAGCUGUUGUUGGGGUUUUUCUCUCCUGGUGUGAACCUGCCUCUGUUGUGAAGCCCUUUAUGUGUCUGAUCUAAUAGGUUUUCAACAGCCUGUCCCGGAGCUUUGCAGUUUUUCUUGCCCUUCAGAUUUCCUGGGUCUCCCGGUUGCAGACAGGGGUCUGAGGGCAGGUUUUGGAAAAUGUGAUGUGCACUUGUGUCUAUUUGUGGGCCCUGCUAUAAAUAGCGCGCCCCAGGCAGCGCGUGCUCGUGUGUGAUUGACAAAUGCAGAGCUUUGCGCCGGAGCUGCGGGCUGUCUCCGAAGGGCUUGAGAAAUAAAUGCUGAUGUCCGUCUAACAGGUGACACUUGUCGGACUGACCUGGAAUUAAGUGGAUUAAAGAGAACUCGACCCCCCCUGUUCUGCUGCGCGUCGAGACCUCCAAGCCUCGGUUUUUGAGGGAGUCCCUGGGUGUCCCAGCGAACAGCCUGCGCCGGUGUGGAAGAUGGGUUCCAGGAGGCCGAUGUCCCGCUCCUUCUCGGGAAACGGGAGGUUAUCCUUCAGCGGCUCGGCCAGCCAGGAUGGGGAGGAGGCCCCCGCGCCCAGUGCGCGCGCCGACAGCCGCAACUACCUGCUGAGCGUCAGACCCGAGAACAGCUACUCAAGCCACAAGUAUUCUUGCUACAAGCCAUUGAGGAGCACCUUCUGCAGCAUAAUGGCUCAGCUAACGGAGGAAACGCAGCCAACAUUUGAGACCACCUUGAAAUCCAAGGCAGUGUCGGAGGACUGUAACGUCAAGUUCUCUUGCACUGUCUCAGGCUAUCCAGAGCCUCAGCUGACCUGGUAUAAAGAUGACGCGGAGAUGGACCGAUACUGUGGCCUGCCCAAAUAUGAAAUUUUCCACAAUGGGAAAGUUCACACUCUCCACAUUUACAACUGCACCGAAGAUGAUGCUGCCAUCUAUCAGGCCUCAGCAAGGAACAGCAAGGGCAUCGUGUCCUGUUCUGGGGUCCUGGAGGUCGGCACCAUGAACGAAUACAAAAUCCACCAGAGGUGGUUUCAGAAACUCAAGCAGAAGGCUGCGGUCAAAAAGAAAGAGCUGGAGGAGAGCCGCAAGAAGGGCAGGGGCCAGGAGGCCUUCCAAGAGCGUGUGGACCAGCUGCGAACAGCGAGUCCCGACAGGGCGCAGCGGAAACGCCGGCUGCCUGGCGAAGCUAGGAGCAGGUCACCGUCCUCCCUGCAGGGAAGAGAGGACGAGGUGAAAGGGCCCGCUCAGGAGGCGGCAGAGUUCAGGCUACAAGACGGCACUCCGGGCGGGAAGGAUCAGGCGGCCACCGCGCAGGAGCUGCCCAACGGUUUCUUGGCGGGUUCCAAAGGGACUGACUCACCCAAGGAAGGGGCAGAAGAGAAUGGCAACGAGUUCCUUGCCUACAUCUAUGAGACGGUGGAGAUAAUUACCACCAGGCCGCCCGAUAAAGAAUUCCUCGCCAAAAAGAAGAAAAAGAUCUCUAAUGGAGUGGAUGUGGGGGAACGUCGUGAUGAGGCAGUGUGGGGGGCCCGUGGCGAACACGAGGCAAGCGAAGGAGGAAUUAGUUUGGCACAAUACUUAUCGGACUCCUUGCGGUCGCAGGCGCUGGAGGAGAACAUGAAGUCUUUGCCACCAGAAGAUUUCAUGGCGAUGGAGGCAGACAACGGUUGGGCAAGCCCAGAAUCAGAAAGGGCAAAAGAGACUGUGGAGAGCAGCGACACUUCAGAAGUGAAAGAACAUGCAGGAACAGGUGUAUACAAGGAGCCAGAGCCCCCUAACACCCAACCCCCAGUCAGUCCAGUAUAUUUCUCUCUGAAAGACAUUUUUUUUGGCAGCAAGAACGAGAACAGCGACGAAGCAAGAGGCGGCCCAGAGAUGCUGCGGUCCAGCAGUCUGACAUCUGUGGAUGAGAAACCUGAUGAGCUUGGUUUAGCUACACCUAGCGUUCCGUCGGAAAUGAAUCCUCCAGCGCUAGAGGAAUACAAACCCCCCACUGUGUGCGCAGUACUGUCAGAAUCUGGUGAUAAGCCACUUGCUGAGACCUUACACAUGGACAUCAAAUUACCAGCUCAAGAAGAACCUGAGCCUCAAGGAAAUGCUCCUGCGGAAGAAUCCAUGAAGACAGAUGCAUCAGUUACCGCUGCACAUAACGCGAAUCGCACAGAUCAGGAAAUGGAGACGUCGUGGGAGGAGGAGACCGUUUUGAAUCACCGUUUGAAUGGGCAAACCGAUGUUCAAGUGUCAACAUCCCUGCCUUGUGAGGAUGAGAAAGGCCAGAUACAGACAGAAAUGAAUGAAACACCUGGUGUCAAGGAAGAGGAUAACAUAUCCCAUAAACUGACAGUACAAAUGCCACCUCAGAUUUCCGUCACAGAAGGUCUGGAGAAUGUCAGAGCUGGGCCGAUUGAAUCCUUUAGUUUGCAGAGCUAUGGAGAAUCUAUUACAAAUGAAUUGAGAAAGAGCACACAGUCCCCUACCAAGGAAUUAAAUGAGGGACAUACAGAGCCUGUGACUGAAGAUGACAUUUCCGGAUGUACAGGAAUUUCAACUAUCGUCAACAUUGACAGUUCACACCCAACUGAAACAGCAGGAAAAAUGGAAAAGAUUGAACAGAAUGAUACAUCUGCAUAUAAAGUCUUGGUAACCCAGCCUAUCACUGUUCCCACAGUAGAAGACAAUGCUGAGAAGGACAACAAAGCAGUCCCAGGGAACAUAGUUGAGGACAAUGGAAAGAAUCUUGUCGACAAAGAACAAGAAUAUCACUCCGUUCCAGAAACCCAUUUAUUUGUUACAAAAUUAAACGUUUCAGGUGCUCCAAAGCUAGAAGAAGCAACACAUGGUAUUUCACAGGAAGAAUUCUUGGGCUCACAAACCGAAAGUGCUCCCAAAAUACAGACAGCUGAAGCAGAUAACACAACUAUUCCUGAGCUGCCAAGUCUGCUGAAACACAUCAGGCCUGCUUCCCAGAUGAUUAUCACAUCCAGUAAUGCUGAGAGAAUGCCAGAGAUUCCAGCUGCAGCUCCCCACAGUGAAAAUGUCAGGAUGGAUCAUAGUCUCACUCAAUCAGAUCAAAAAGGCAAGAUUUCAGAGCAAGAACAAGAAAGAGGUAAAGAGAAUUCAGAGCUGGGAACAGACAUGGGCAAUAGUCUUCUCCCAGGUAUAGUUAUAAACCAUGAAGAUAACAUUGAGCUUCAUAAGCCAGAUCCUAGAGCUAUGAAUCUAACGCCCCCAAGAUCAGAUGAAUCUGCUUCCCAAACAAAACAAGAAGCACCUGCUUUUAUGAUUCCCCAUGUUUCAAUCAUGUGCAUGGACAAUAUUCCUACACCUGAAUCUUCAGUCUCGGGAGAAGACCAGCCUAUUGCAAAGGACGACGAAUCUCUAUCCUCUCUCCUCCGGGAUGUCAAGAAAGACCUUGACACUGCGAAAAGCGCUGGAGUGUCAUCUUUGGAAAGAGAAAACGAGAACAUUAAAAAAGACUCCCUCCCUGCUGAGGCAAGCACCAAGGGAAACGCCACAGGUGUAUCGUUAGAGAUCCCCGCGGUUGCAAACAAUCUGUCUUUAGAAACCCUAAACCAGCUUUCAACGGUUCCCCAUCUUCGAACAACAGCUCUGGAAGAUGAGAAAGAGCAGCGUGUAUCACCAAGCCAUCCUCCACAUGUUGCUGUAAUGGAACAAGACAGAGAAAAAAACGCAGAAGUCGCUGGCGAAAUUUCAGCCCCCCCUGCCGAAAAACUCCAAAAUGACAGACCCGUCGCUGACAUAGUCUGCCUUUCGAUCACCAGCACGCCUCCCCCGAGCCCAGCCGCCGCCCGACGGCUCGCAGCGAAGGCCCCGCCGGGCACAGAGGCUCCCGGGGUCACGGCCGUCCCUUCGAUCCGUGUCGACAGCACCCCGCUGGCGGACACGCAGGAGGGUGACAGGGUGGGGCGGGACACCCCCCCUCCGUCCGGGCCGUCCCGCGAAAGCAGCCCCAAACUGCAACGCCACGACAGCCUGACGCUCAUCCCCUCCGCCACCCCCGAGGAGCUGGCCUCCGGGGCCCGCCGCAAGAUCUUCAUUCCAAAGCCCCGAGCCGAUGAGGCCGAGGGCGCGGCGGGGCUGCCGGACGCCCAGGCAAAGAAGGAGGAGGUGCCCAAGAGGAGGAGGCUUUCGCAAGACCAGGAUGCGGCGCCCAUGUCCCCGGGACAGGCGCGCAAGUCCGCCUACCUGCAGGCCCCCCCCGGACCCCAGACGCCUCCCAGGGAGAGAUGCUCUCCGAACCUUAGCAGGAAGAAGUCCACCUUGGAGGUGCCCAAACGAUUUGAGGAAACGGACGAGAGGACCGAUUCCACUAAGGACUCGAAGCCUGAUGCCCCAACUGAAGAGAAACAGAAGCAAGACCCCUUCAAAGCUCCUCAGGUUAUCCGGAAGAUCCGGGCAGAGCCCUUCUCGGAUGCAUCUGGUCACCUGAAACUCUGGUGUCAGUUCUUCAACGUGCUCAGCGACUCCACUAUUAAGUGGUCCAGAGAUGAAGUGGAAAUUGCAGAAGUGAGAAGGAGCUCAGGUGACGAAGGUCAAGUAGCGCUCGCCAUUGUCCAGGUGUCCAGUAAGGACUGUGGUGUUUACGGAUGCUCUAUAAAGAAUGAAUACGGAGCUGAUUCCACAGAUUUCUUACUGAGUGCAGAGGUGCUGUCGGGUUUCCUUUUGCGAGAAGAUGUAGAAGUGGGGGAGGAGAUCGAGAUGACUCCGAUGCUGUUUACUAAGGGCCUGGCAGAGUCAGGGCACUGGGGGGACAAGUUCUUUGGGCGGAUCAUGACGGAGGAGGUGCACCUCGGGGAAGGGCUGACGCACAAAGCCAGCAGGGUGAAGGUCAUCUAUGGACUAGACCCCAUAUUCGAGUCGGGCAGCACCUGCAUCAUUAAAGUCCGAAACCCCAUUGCAUAUGGGACCAAGCAGGAGAACGACCUCAUCGAGAAAAACCACGAGUUUACGAAGCAGGAAUGUAAAAUACAAAACACUGCCCGUGAGUACUGCAAGAUCUUUGCUGCCGAGACAAGGGUGAUUGAAAACUUCGGCCCAGCACUGGAAAUUAUUCCCCUGCAUCUGAUCUAUCGGCCUGCGAACACUGUUCCCUACGCCACAGUGGAGGCGGAUUUGAGAGGCUGCUUCGGGAAGUACUGCAUGAGGGAUGAGGCGGGGCGUCUCAUCCUGAGGAGUGUCUCGGAGGUGGAGCAGAAAUGCUCUGCUUUCCAGCACUGGAUCUACCAGUGGACUAACGGGAACUUACUGAUCACGGACUUGGAAGGAGUGGGUCUGAAGAUUACAAACGUUGGGAUUGCUACAAAAUCAAAAGGCUAUCAGGGUCUGGCAGAUAGCUGUGCCCCACGUCUGCUUGAGCAGUUCAUCACACUCCACCAGUGCAAUUACUACUGCGGCCUGCUGUCUCUGCGCACUCUCAAGGGCACGGAUACACAGCAGCAGCCGAGCAAAAUCAAGGGCUCCCGGAGCCCUCUGACGAACCGCAAGGCUGGAGCAGGGACAUCCAGCCCGCAGCUGCAGAAGAAAGGAGCGGUCAGCCCUCAGACUAGCAGGAAGGUGCUGUCCAGCCCUCAGCUGCAGAAGAAAGGAGCUGUCAGCCCUCAGACUAGCAGGAGGGGGUUGACCGGCCCACAGGUGGCUGAAACGUCCGAUACGAGCGACAGCACAUCACCAGUCAAGCACAAAACUGUGGAAAUUCCCAAAUCUGUCCGAAUGAGAUUUGCCUGAAGUAAAAGAAGGCAUCCCAUUCCACCAGCCAUGAUAGUGACAGACAAGGCCAUCUCAUCAGAGAUCGCUCACCUCUCUGUGUGCACUAGUCACAUGUUCAGAGCCCAGUUCAAAGACUUUGGCUGUGACUUAGAAAUCAGCAAGGAGGUCAUUCAUCAGGUUUUCAUGAAGCACACAAAGGGAUUAGAAACAGACAAAAUAACAGACAUAAAUCAAUGCACAGGAAAAUUAGAGCAAACAACUUUUGCAAAAAGCAAACUUUUUUAGCACUCUAGUUCCUGCUAGUUAGAAGAGUGUCGAAAGUCACAGGCCUUUGUAAAAGACCCGUGUAGAGUCGUUCUGAUGUCCAGGAAUUGAAGAAGCAGACAAUACCAUUGGAGUACACAUACCAGGCCGCAAGCUUACAAACCUUGCAAAGGUGCAAACAGAAAGACACUCUUGAGGAUGGGUAGAGGUGAUGUGUGGUUGAGUACGUGAGGCUGUGUGAGUAUUGUCUGAAGGUAGUUUGAGACACGGGAAACACAGGCCACGAACUCUGUCUCUAAAGUGAAGUGACAGCAGCGAUCAGGGUGCGAAGGUCAGCAGGCAUGCUUGAUGUUGUGCAAGAAAACUGUUUAGAAACCCUCCCCUUCUGUUUAGUGGAAUGCUGUGUACAGCUACAGGCUGCAUACGAAUAUUUUUCAUGAAUAUGAAACCUCACAUCUCACAGUUCAUCCUGUACCAGAGGUAGCUGAUGGCAUGACAUCUCACUUAGCUAGCACAAGAGGUUCAUUUUUCUCUCUGAUUUAUGCAGAGGACAGAAUACUGCCCUCUGCUCUACAGGUUGCGUAAAUCCCAAGAGCUCACAGAAAGCAUAUUUGCGCUGCUGUGUGGUUAAGAUCAAAGUUCCAGCUCAUCUUGUCAUCGUCAGCUCUGUGCAUUUGCCCUGCCUCCUUAACCAGAUCAAUGUUCACUCUUCCUGCCAGCGUCACGGAUGCUGUUUAUGCAGGAAGAUGAUUUGAGUGUGGUUACUUUGCCAUGCUGUUUCUGCGGAAUUCAACAAGGAGAAGGAAGUACUGUUCUUACUGUAAACAAUGAAAAACAAUUGAAAGUCUAGAAAAUUUAGAAAGCAAUCCCAAGCUAAAAAUGUUCUGAGGUCAGUUUUAAGACACUCAAUCAUGUUGUUUUGACAAAAAUUCUUUACUCAUUUUUGAAUAAAGCAAAUGAUGAUGCUGAACAGCAGUCCCUACUAACAGUUGAGUCCUGACAUAUUCCUUUCAGCAGUCACACUGCCGCAGGAUAAGAAAUGAUCCUAAUCAGUAUUUACCAGCAGCAUUCAGUCCACUAUCACUGCCUUCACAGUGCCAAAUUGCACCAGGAUCAAAUGCAAUAAAUGUAUUUAUCCGUGCAUAUAUUUUAUAGACAUCAUAUAAUUCUGACCAAAAGUAACAGUGUAAAUGCUCAUUACAUUGUGAGCUCAAGUGUAUAUCCUUCACAUGCACCACUAGGUUUGCAAUCUGAGACCCACUACAUGGUAAUGUGACCCAUUUCAGAAUGUUUUAAGAUGCAGACUCAUGUAUUUAAGGCAGGUGCUGAAUAUUUCCUGCAUGUUACCUAAUUGUAAGUAAAACCCAGCAGACUGACAUGGACCGUUAAAACUUUUCUGCUUCCAGAGAUUUCUGCAGCUUGCAUGAAGCUGAAAUCGGUUAUACUGCUUUGCACCAAGAGUCCCACCAAAUCAUUCAGCUACCCAAUGGACUAGAUGGGUCAAAUCACCUCCCCUUGCUUCUAAUGGUCUUUUUUGUUUAACAGAUUGUUUGGUUAAUUGUUUUUUUUUCAAACGACUUUUCUCCUUUCAGUAGAAUAUCUUAAAUGUCCUAAAUGCCCCUUUUUCUGAAGUUUUGAACCGUCCACCUUGCUAGGUUGCUCUCUGGACAGCACCUGGGGUCUUUUCCAGGUAACCCAUCAUGGCACAUUGCCCUAUACGUCUGCAGUGACCUGCAGUGAUCGGGUGGCUGCCACAAGAGGGCCUCAGAGACUUCAAUGAUUGUAAAUGCUUCACCCUGUGUAACUCUUGUUGGAACGUGUGCAUUUUCACGUGAGGUUACUUAGUGGGUUUUGUGUACGAAAGUGUGUGUGGGACGUUAGUAGUCCAGCCUCCCUGUAUAAGGGGGUUUUGGUCAGAAAAGUGGUGGUGGCAGCAUCAUCUUUACCUGUCGUCCGGGGAUUGAUUUCCAUUGUAGAAGUCUUUUGGUUUGGUUUCCUUUGUGUAUUUGUGAAGGUUUGUGAGUUAAGCCAGGAAAGCCCCUUCGCCUUCAAUUUACACUGCUGUUUGGUGUGUUUUAUGUGUGCUUGAGUCCCCUGAGCUACCGUACACUAUCACAAACAGGGACCCUUCACACCACCAUUCCUGGGAGCAUGUUCAGAGUCAGGAAUUAAGAGUUCAUAUUUGACCGCUUCAUGUUUUUCAAGGUGUGUUCGACAUCUGCAGGGCCACAUGCUAGUUUGAGUUUCCUUCAUUAUCGCUUUCACCAUGAAGAUGGCCGGUGUGGCAUUUUUGCUUGAAAAAUGAAGGAAUAGGAACUGUACACUAUUAAAGGCUCCUGUGCUUGGGUUCAGUCCGCAGUAUGGGAUAAAGGCCCUUUUGGCAUAUUUUUAAGGCUUGUAUAAUUCCUGUUCAUUUUUCCAGAGCAAUAUUUUAGUGGCGGGUGGGCUUUUGAUUUAUGUUUUUUUUUAAUAAGAAUGCUUUUUAAAAAGCUGCCAUUUCUGUUUUGUACUGUGAUAGCAUCUUUCCAAGUAGCAUCUUUCAGCAUGUCCACUGCGAAUGGUUCUGAGCUGUGUCAUGUUCCAGCUUCAUGGCUAGAUUUGUCUUCUGAAAAGAGUGUUUGAAGGAAAUACACAUGACACCUGACUUUGGCAGAAGAAAAUGCAUCAGUUUUAUCCCUGGUUUAAACAAAGAAUAAAGUCUGUAGUUUGGUAAUAAGUAAAGUGGUAUGUUUGCAGUAUUUUGUGUGUUUGGGCUGUGCUUAGUAUAGUCCUUAACACUGUUAUACAGUGUUCAAUAAUGUUCUGCCUUCUGGCUUUUGUAUAAUUACAUUCAUUACAAAUGUACAUACUGAUGUGUCAUAGCUUAAACUUGUGUUUACAGAGAUGACUCCUCUGUGCAACAGAGUGCAACAAAUAAAAAAUUUAAGAUCGAGA